GGUUAGUUAUUCCGCUAAAGCAACACACACACACACAUACACACAGACACAGACAGACAACAACAAGAAAUGAUUCACCACGUUUGGCGAAGCCGCAGAUUUUUCAUAUUCAGUGUUUUGCCUUGCGCCGUACGGUGCAACUAAUGUCACAACCUGCAUCACACUCGCUGCACAACGCUGCGAAGGCACCGGCUGGUAGCUCGCUGACCUCUGCCUCUGCUCCACCUUCUUUCACCGGCCGCUGUACACAAGAUGAGACGGGAGAGGCGGCGGCAGAUCCCACCAGCUCGACAACGACGGCCUCACCUCACAGCACUGUUGCGCAUCGUCUUCGUAAAGCUGCCGCGUCUUCUGCCGCAUCCACCGCCUCCCCUCCGUUCCUACGCUCGUACCGGCUGCACUACGACUUCGUGGAGAACGCGCUCGAGUCGAAGGCAAACGCGCUCGACCGUGGUACGUACUUCUUCUUCUACCUCAUCUUUGUAAUCGGCUUUUGCUUUUACUUCUUGUACGACGUGGAUGUGUCGGCGCGGUAUCAGCUGCGGCACAGCCUGUUGGACACCCUCGCCCAAGCGGAGAUGCCGCGUCUGAAGGAAACCGUAAGCUUCUCUCAGGUGGCAAGUGCAAGCGACUACGGCGAGUAUGUUCUCUACGCCGUGGCGCCACUCCUGGCGAAUGUCCUCUCUCCCACAGGGUCAAGCAUUCCCCUCGGCGCGAUGCGGCUGCGCACGCAGCGCAGUGUGACGAUCGGCUGCGACAGCUUCCAGGCGGGUCGUGCCGCAGCUCUUUACACCCUCAUCACCUGCCAAGACGGCGCUGUUUCCGCACAGGAGGACACGGGACUGCUGAGCGAGACCCGAUUUGACAUGGAGACGCUCUGGGACUACCACAGCUGCACCGAGGCGGGUGGCAACCGCUACGUGCUCCUGCAGGGCUCUCUCGGCACCUACCACUGCGGCGGCUUCAUCUUUGACGCUCCGCUGUGGGUGGCGCGGGACAACGCGAGCCUUGCCGGACAGGAGGCACCGCCUUCCCUCGGCACGGCAGAGCAAGCCUUCCCUUUUUCAGAGGGUACGCUGCCGUACCACCGCAUCUCGCUGCAGCGGCUGCAGGGCAAGUACCUCCACCAGCUUUUCUCGGAGGCCGCGGCGCCCUUCUUGGACAACUACGCAACGCGUAUGGUGGUGACGGAGGUGCUCUUCUACAACCCACCCCUGCAGCGCUUCGCAACGGUGAAGCUGGUGGGCGAGGUGACGAGCAGGGGGUCGUGGAGAACGUCGUCGUUUCUGCGCACCGCACGCGUCUGGACGAGCGACGACGUGGGGAAGGGUGUCUACGACGCUGUGGUGAUGUUGGCGGCGCUGGCGUGGCUGAUUGCCUUCAUUGCCAGAGCAGUGGCGUUUGUACAGCGGCGGGUGGCGGAGCGGAAGGGCAACGGCAUCGUCGCUGCGGGCAAACGCGUGCGGGACACCACCGGACUGAGCUACAGCGCCGUCUCCAUGGUGCGCAUCAUGGCUACCGCUGAGUACGUAUUUGAUCCGCAGAACCUGUCAGCCGUGGCGAUAUUGUCUCUGUGCGUGGUGACGGCUGGCUACCGAAUCGCCUCCAUUGUAUACUGCGCGCGCGCCGUACCCGCACUGGACGAGAUCAUCUACCUGGAUAGCUACCCGAUGCAAUUGGAAUAUCUCUUCUACCUGGAGCGCGUGCAGAUGUACGUGAACGCCGUGCUGGUGCUCCUCCUCUUCUACCGUGGUCUGUGCUUCGUCGCGGUCGACACGCAUGCAGCGCGGGUGGUGCACGUCCUCGCCCGCUCGCAGUCCGCGCUGUGCGGCUACCUGUUGCUGUCGCUGCUCACCACGACCGCCUACGCUCUCACCCUCACCACGCUGUAUGGUGACUCGAUCUGGAGCUUUCGGAGCGUGGACAGUGCAUUCUACAACCUGUUCCGUGUGAUGGUGCGUCAGCACGACAUCGGCGCCUUCACCCGUGACGACGACAACCCGUUGCCGUUGGCGUUCAUUCUCUACUCCUACUACAUCAUCGGUGUCCUUACUACCUUCAGCCUCGCCGCUGGCAUUCUUGUGCACAGCUUCACGGAGCUGCGCAAGGAGGAACCGUCACCGGUGAUCGCGGCCUACCAGAUUCAGUGGCUGCUGCACCGUGUGGGCACGUGCCUGCCGCGGCCGCAGCAGUGGCCUUGGUUUGGCUGGCGCUGGUGCACGGGCUACGGCGAUGCCGCGCUGCUGCGUCAUGCCGCCCGCUGCCUCCGCUGCUACCGAGCAGCGAAGUACCCCGCGUUGGACCACGUGGAGGGAGAGCAGCGGCAGUUGUUGGACCUCGAUGAGUUCACGGAAGCGAUGCAGCACUUCAGCGAUGCGCCGUCGUCGCCGUUGCACGCGUCGAAGUUGCGUUCGGACUGGCGCCGCGGUACGUGGAUGACGUGGGCAACGCGAUCGACCAGCGGCGACUCCAGUUUGCCCCCCUCCGCGCCGGGGGACAGCAGCGGGAGCAACGUGGGAGACGCGCGCUGCGAGCAACGCGGUUGGACAUCGGCCUCGCAAGAUAGCGCAUUCCUCUCCCCCCACGCCUCCCUUGAUGGCCACAGCAGCGAGUCGCUUGAACUUGUCAAGUCGAAGCUGUUUGCAGGGGAGUGGGAGCGGUUGAGGCGGCAGUGGCAGCGGCGGUGGGCGGCCUACGCCCCGGUAGAGGUGUGGCGCGAUGUGUACAAGGACUGGUUGGCCUCCACCACAGCAGAGGCGUCGUUGCUCUAUCGAGAAGAGAUUGUGUGGCUGCGCAAUGGCGUGCAGUCCGCGGUAGGCGACAACUUACUGCAUGCGAAGAGGUUUUCUCAGCGGCUGGCGGAGCUCGAGCGGAAACUGAAAUUGUUAGAAAGCGAAUUUCGCGAGAAUGAGCUGACCGCCGCUGCAUCUGACAAGGUGGACCGUGAUGAGAGGCUGGAGAGUGUGCAGUGA